ACUCUCAGCUUCCUAGUCGCCUGGUAGUGGAUUAUAGUGCGUCAGGCCUCGGGGACGCUGCCUGGAGUAAGUGGAGGAGGAGGAUCGUCAGUCAUUCCUUAGUACAAUCAAACAUCGAGUUCAGGGCUUAAGUAUUCUGCAAACUAGUCCCCACAUUACUGCAUCACCUACGUCACCAUGAUGAACUGGCUAUGGAUACCAGCUGUGACCCUGUUAGCUCUUUUUAUACUGGUGCUAUGUUGGCUCUUCUUUGCCGAUUAUACCUGCUGCCCCUGCAGGCGAAGGAGGAGGCUCGAGCCAGCUCUCUCAGAGGAGGGUCUGCACACCAUAACCCCAAGUGCACCUCUGCCAGGAACCCUCCCUCGGUAUCCAGUGCUUCCCACAGCUCCUCAGUACUUCCCUGUGCCACCUUCAGAAGGGAGCUUCCUGCCCUUGAAACAUGGUGACUUACCAUUUCAACAGAUACUUAGGUUUGAAGAUGGUGUUCUUACGUUAGACCUACACACCAUGACUGUUAGAGAGGCCAUACAGACCACUGACGCCUUUAUUCGUCAGUACUGGGGGCAGCAUGAGAAGGUCAGAAUCAUCACUGGCAGAGGAAUCCACAGUGAGAAUGGGGUGCCUAAGGUCAAGCCUGCAGUCAAGGAUCUCCUGUUAAACCACGGUCUCCAGCAUACUGAGACAUGCCAAGGAGGUUGCUUUGAAGUCUUUCUUUCUGGCUAGUAUCCCAUUAUGAAUAGUAUAAACAUCCAAAUAUUCCCAUAUGUCAUCAGUAGUAAAUAAUCCCUUGGCAAGUGGUAUAGAGAUCAGUAAUGUUGGAUUACCAGUUUUCCUAAAAGCAGGGUUUUGGAAUAUCCAAUAUUUUCAUAAUAGCUUACCAAGAGGAAUAGUCAUAUUUCAUCUGAAUUUUUAAAAAGAUAUUCAUUGGUAAAAUGAAUGCUAGAGUAUAUAUUUAAGGCUUCCAGGUACCUGUUUUUAUAAAAACAUGGAAAGUGUAUUUCAUGUAUUUUUAUACAGUAUUUUUCUUAAGAGUUGAAUAAUUUGUUACCAAUGAAUAUGCUUUAGUAUGGUUAUGUAAAGUCACAGUUACUUGGAACUUGCAGAGGAGAACCUAAUUUGUUUCCCUUUUUCAAGAAAGAAUUGUAUUAUUAACUUUAAGGCAUGUGAGUUUUGGAGAAGCUUUACAAACAAUUCAGUGACUUUUCUUUCCUCUUACAGCAUUUAAAGUUCUUUUGAACAUAGAGCAAAUACUCAUCCUUAGGAAAUAAUAUAUAUGUUAAACCGAAGCUGUUUUGAUUAAAACCAAUACCUUUCUUUUAAUACCUGUGAAGGAAUGUGUUGCAUGGUGUUAUCUUUACCUAUUUCAUGCUUGUGUUGCAUUUUUUUUUUUUUUUCGCAUUUGAAUAAUGUUUACAUAUACGUUAAUUUUUUGUUGUAUACUUAGAAACCUGUUUGGUAUUCAAUUUUCAGUCUGCUUUUAUUUCUGUCUGCAUUUCUGCUUCGUAUAUGCUGAUUGUUAUUAAGACUUUUAUAAUAACAUAAACCCACUUUAUAAUAACAUAAACCCAAACAGGGCUUCCCCCGUGCAUGUAUAAAUAAUAUAGUCUUUCUAUUCAAGUUGAAAUGACAAGCUUUCAUAUAUAAUGUUCCUAGGUACUUUUUUUUUCUGUCUUUCUUGUACAAAAUUCCAUCUAGGUGCAUUUAAGAUGAGGAACCGUAAGCGAGAAUGGAUUUCUAGCUCAUGACAUCCACACCAUAAAUAAUCUGUAACUAUUAUUUGUUGCAUAUUAAGGUGUUUGGGUGAUUAUGAAGUUCUCAGAAUAAUCUCGUAUUCCUAUUAAUGCUGUUUAGUAAGUCAAAGUGCUAACGUAAUAUAAAUCUAGUCAGGGGCUCACAUACCCUUGUUCUUGCUGACAAAACAGUCUUUCGGAGAAAGUUGAAGAUAUAUGUAAAAUCUUUUAUAUAUAUUUAUGUUUAUCAUUGUUGGUAAUGGUAAAGAACUGUAAAUUGGGUAUCAUGGUCUUAUUGUUUUGUUUUUGUUAAAUGUUGAUAUUCAUAUUAGUGAAGUGUUAAUGUUGUUAUGACUUUGUUCUUUUCAUCAUAAUUUGCCAUUAUUGUAAGAAGUAAUAUUUUGUAUUGCUGUCCAACUUUAUAUUUUUCCUUAUCUGUAAAUAGUAAGGAGCUUACAAGUUCACAUUUUCUUAGUUAUUUGAUAUAUUCUUUGAGUGUAUGUUAACCAUUCGAUCCAAAUUUAUGUACGGCCCACUAGUUUUUUAAUGACUUUUAUUGCACAUAGAUGACUCCACAAGUGCAUAGUCAACAGGGAGUCAAGUAAUAAGCCCAAGUGACCAUACCUCGUAUCCCCAUUCCUUGAAUUUGUAGGAAUAUUAUUAUCUUCCUAAUGCAGUUAAUAUUGACACUUAUGAUUAGUAUUAUUGGCAUUAUGAUUAGUUUAAUGUUGUUGAACUACUAAUAAGAAUAACAGUAAUAAGAUCAUAAAAAAGAACCUUCCCAGUAAUUAAGAAAAAGGGUUAACAGGUGAGGUAGGUAGUACUAGUAAAUGUCUUCCUGGUGACUUAGUCUAAAAUAACAGUGGGUAUGGCGUGUAUUUUUUCCAGCCAGGGUGAGUUGGUUAAGGCUUGAACUAGAACCUCCUACAGUUGCUCAUUACCCCCAGUGUUUUACCUGGGUUUAUUUUCCUUGUGCCACUUCCUUUUUUUUUCUAUUUCUUUUUCUUUCUCUACCUCUUUCAUGUUCAGUCUCUCUUUUUCAUGGUUUCCUACUCAUUACUGUUGUCUAUUCCAUGUUCUCUCUCUGUCAUAUUUUUCUGUUUUAUAAUCCUCUCUUUUGUCGGUAUAUUUAAUAUGUCUGUGUAGCUAAUUGCCUCUCUCUCUUUCUUUUACUCUAUAUUUCGGUGUCUUUCUCUUUCAUUCUUUCUUUUUCUAUUGAUCGUUCCUCAAUGUUUAAUUCUUUCUCCUUCUUUCAUCUUUCCUCUUUUCU